GAAGGAACAUUAAGUACUGGUUUAUGUUCUGAAGUGAAGAGCAAAACAUUCCAUUUGCAUUCUGUGAUGAGAUAAAUUAGUCUGCAAAAAAAAAAACGGAUUGAUCACCGGUGUAAUAUCAAGUGAAAUUUCCUGUGUUAUUGUGAAUUGUUUUGAAAGUGAUUAGUCAUAUUUUAUCUUGUCUCACAUUUCCUAUUUGUCUAAAAAUAAAAAAAGAUACCCUGACCUCAAUCAACAAUCAAGAUUAGCAAUCAAGCUAAUGCUAAUCUCUCUCUCUUUUUUAUUUUUUAUUUAGGCAAUAAAUUAGUAGCCCUAUUUUGUCACAAUGGGGAAGAAAUGUAGAAUGUCUUUUUCAUAGAUACAUUUUUAAGAAUUCAUUUCACAUUUGAUUCAGGGGAAGCAAGAAACUGUCGGUGUGAGGUUAAUAUUAUUUGUAUAAUUGGAAAAAGGCUUAUAUUUUUUUAAUAUGCUUUACAAAUACAUUCACACGAGUUUGCUACUCAAAAAGUGAUUACUCCACAUCGACAGUUCUACGCUUACGUUGGCAGGCACUCAGUCAGAGACUCAACUUCGGUAAUUGUAUCCACGUCUUUUCCAUAAUAUCCUUUCGGAGAAAAAAAAUGAUUUUUUUGUCACCUCUCAUUAUCCUUGAGCUAUAACAGGAAGCGUCCGCCUCUCAAAGUUAAACACAAUGAAGAUAUAAUUAACGACAUUGCUAAACAUAUUCGUCCUACAAUUCACCAUGUCGAAAUGACUUCUGUGAAAACGGUUAUGGAAGGAAGUGGUGGCCUAAUAAUUUUGCGUGUUAUUGUGUCACAGCAAAACCCAAAUGAGCAACAUUGAUGGGAAGAGAGCAUAACAGAGCUCAUAUAACAUUAUGUGCCAGAGGUAACUAAUAUGAUUCUUAAUAGGCUUCAUUGAAACUUCUCUCGGCAGUACAUUUGCUUUCCUAAAUGUCCUUCAUGAGUCAACUGCCAUCUCCGUACACGGGCAGGCUGCAUAUGCUCUAAUUAUUGACUGUGCUCUGUUAACUGCUCCUCAUAAAACACACAAUCGUCAUCUUUUGCUUACUAUCACCGUCGAUGAAUUGAUUUUUACGUCUUGUUGAUAUUUGACAUCUUUCUGUUGUAGUGACGUGAUGAUGAGGUGGCAUUGUUUUCCCUCAACCUUGAUGCAGGGCUGGUGUCUAGGUUGGGGGUUUUAUGGACACCCUAGAAUAUUUUUAGAGUUCCAUUAGUUGCUCGAUGAAGAAAAUGAUGGCGUAGGCACCGCUCGCUACGUCAGCACGGGCCAUGCCGGAUGUGGGUGUAUAUGUGUGUGUGUGUGUGUCUACCCGGUUUGUACGUUGGGGGAAUCACCCCACUCGCACUAUGAUGAUGUUUGAGGGGGAGGAGGUUUGGUGCUGAGCCGGGAGGGAAGGGGUGUGCCUUUAUAAGAAGCCUCAGAGGAGGUAUGUGUUCAGUUGUUGAAACCCUUAGCCCAAGGAUACAAGCUGAGAUUAUAAACUCCCUUGUCGCCGCAGAAGAAGCACCCCGAGAAAAUCUCGACGUCACAGAUAAAGAUAUUCUUCUGUAUAAAACCCAUCUGCACCUGGAGGCAUUUCAUCCUUUGUUGGGGAGUGUUCUUUUCAUCACUAUUUUCUUCGUCUCCCUGUUGCUCCUGCGGCUGACCUUAUCCAGCUAUUGUUGGCCUUUCUUCUUGACUCCUCUGCUUUUUGGGCUCCUGUUUGUUCCUGCCUUGUCUGGAUUGUGCAGAGCCAUGAAGAUUUCUCUGUGGUGCCUGCUGGUUCUACUUCCAUGUUUCUUCACCCCUGGACACAGUGACUGCCAGGGGGAGUGCGUGGCCUGUGGUCUCCUCUUGCAGCAGCAACAGCAAGACAAUUUUGACAUCAUGGUGUGCUUGUUAGAGUGCAAGGGUCAGGUCUCCUCUUCGCUCACCUGGGAAAUGUGCGAGCGCACCCUGAGGCUCGCCAUCUAUCCUCCGUUUGCUCAGGAAGGCGCCCUUCUCAAAAGCACUGCGGGAGGGCUGCAGAUGACCUCUCUGGAUCUGACCUCUGAUAGUAAACUGCAAUCAGCGGCCGCACAACCUUUCCAAGAAGAGGAUGAGGAUCUGGUUGAGGCCCCCUUCGAGCAGCGCCGUGUCCAUUAUGACUCAUCGCUGCUCGAAUCCUCGGAGGCGGGGGAGGACGUGCAGAGUCUGGCUCUCCAUCUGGAUGAAGGAGACAGCGAGCAGAGGGAAGAUGGGAACGUCAGCGAGGUGGAUGAAAGCUCAGAGGCCGUUAGCUUAUCCAAACGCUUUGGCGGCUUUCAGCGGGGCCGCCAAAGUUACAGGAAGUUGAUUGGCUCCCCUGCGAGACACUUACAGAAGCGCUAUGGAGGCUUCAUAGGCGUCCGCAAAUCUGCCCGAAAAUGGAACAGUCAGAAACGGGUCAACCAACUGCUCAGGCAGUACCUCGGCAUGAGGAGCAGCCGCAGCGGCCGCUUCAAUUUCUCCCCGGUAACAAGAGCCUGGAGGCAAAACAAACUGUAAACGUGUUGCCCAAAAUCCUGCUAUCCACAUACCUCAACCAAUCAUCUUUUCAACAGUCUGAACUGUGACUUCCUCCAUUGUCGUCGGCUCUUUGUGUCCAACAAGUAAAACAAGGAAUGCUAUGACCAUGAUCAAUAUUUAUCAUGCCGUCCUGUGAAAUAAAAGAAUUUAGAGAAGUGCAAUUGAAUAUAUUUUUGUGUGUCGGUGCAACCAGAGACAGGCCAAAUGAGAUUGGAAAAACAAGGUGUGACUUUUGACUGCACUUUCUUGAAAAGUCAUUUGCACUUUAGCUUGGAAAGCUUGACAGCCCAGCCAGCUCUCGUUAGUUGUGUUGAAUCCAUUGAGAUGUCUCGACUUGGAAGUUUAAAAUUCUGGUGGUUCUCUUGGACUUCAUGCUAUUCCCAAACUACUGACGAGUGGAGUCAGUAAUUCACAAGUGUCAAACUUGAUUUUAGCAAGAGCCACGUAAUUAAAGUUCCCCUCGGGGGGUCGGUUCUAACCAUGAAACCACAUCAAUGUAUAAUUGCUAGGGAUGUAAUAUUAAAUAUAUAUAUAUAAAAAAUCACAGUCCGGUCUGGAGUGUAAGCCCGCCUUGAUUUUAAGAUCACAGUUCGGUUCACAUUCGGUACAGUAAAGAAACAAAAUGCAUAAAUUUCAUGAAAACAGAUGCAAAUUUUGUGACAUUUAAAAUACAUUUAAAAUAAUUUGGGAUGUAAACAGGGGCAGCUAACAAUUUGAACAGUGUGAGUUAGAAUCACCAAAUAGUUAUUGCAAUUAUUAAAUUGCUUUUAACGUUUGUACCGGUAACCCUAGUAAUGGCACCAUUACAUAUUUGUAUAUUUUAUGGUAAGCUUUUAUGUGCCCUCACAAAAUUACAUUAAUGUUAUAUGCUAAUUGGACUUGCACAGAUUAUACAAUUGAUUUUUCCCCCUUUCUGACAACUCACCAAACUGCAUCUAUCAGUCCAAAAAAAAAAAGCUUUAUGGUGCUCUGACGCAAUGACAGAUGAAAUAAUACUGCCCUCUAGUGUCUGAGAAAGAUACAUGCUAGCAACAACAUGCAAUAAUGUGGAUUUAUUUUAUUUUAUUUUUUUAAAACAACCUCGGAGAAAUUAGAACCACAAACUACUGACUCAGAAUUCUCUUAUUUGUGUAAUUAGAUCCAAAUUACUUCGUUAUCUCCUGAAACAAAAUGACCCUCUUAUGUUUUCAGCUAUUGAAUUUGGCUUAACUGCUAGUAAUUGCCAAAUUCCCACUCUGUAGUAUUACCAAAAUGAAAUCACAGGUUUAACUUAUGUGGAACAUUGAAGAGAGAAGAGAAUCGUUUGUAUUGAGGUCAAUGGAGCUAGAAAUGGCCUCGGCCUGUCAUUGGGUGUGUGGCACACCGUGGAAAGGCAAAAGAGUUUUAAAUGACACUAUCUUAAUGUAUCGUUUAAGAGCAGAGGGGGGAAAUUAACAGUGCGUGUCAGCCAUGGUCACUAUUGUACAAAGUGGGGGGAAAAAAAGUUUAUUUCCCUUCACUCGCAGCCACAUUCAUUGUUUUACAUCUUUAUAGUGUAUUUUGAGAUGUAAUGAUGUCUGUACAGUGUGUGUGUGUGUCUGUAUGUGUGUAGAGCGUGUUUGAGAAACGUUGCACCUGCAUGUGUGUAUGUUUCUCUGCAGCCGCAUCACAUAAUGACAUUUGUGGAUACGAUGUAAAUUUCAACAAUUUUUAACAUUUAAAUCAUUGUUGUAAGGUCAUAUAAAAAUGUGUAUAGAAAAUAAAUUAGGAUAAAGCGGUUUAGAAAAUGGAUGGAUGGUUUAGUUAUUUCUUUUGUGGAUUGUCAUGCAGAAAAGAAAACAAUGUCUCAAAUUCUCAG